UACCGUCGUCGCAGCCGGUGGGUCUGGAAGGUUCUGAGUGUGGAAUCCAAGACAAGACUAAAUCCGAACCCAUCCGAAUCAAAGGGGAAGUUUUUUGUGAUUGGGGUGCAUCAGUCCCCUUCUGUGGUCUUUCAGGAGCAUAAUCGUCCAAAAAUCAGUAAACAUGCCUGAAGCAGCUGCGGCACCUAAGACCUCAAACGGAGGCAAAAACAAAGGAGGGGCAUAUGUGGACCGCGAUAAACCGGCCCAGAUUCGGUUCAGUAAUAUCAGCGCUGCAAAAGCUGUCGCUGAUGCCAUCCGAACCAGUCUUGGCCCUAAGGGCAUGGAUAAGAUGAUUCAGGAUGGGAAGGGUGAUGUGACCAUUACUAAUGAUGGAGCCACCAUUCUGAAGCAAAUGCAGGUCCUGCACCCAGCAGCGAAAAUGCUGGUAGAGCUGUCAAAGGCCCAGGAUAUUGAAGCUGGAGAUGGCACAACAUCAGUGGUGGUUAUUGCUGGAGCUCUCUUGGAUUCCUGUGCUAAGCUUUUGCAGAAAGGCAUCCACCCAACCAUCAUUUCAGAGUCCUUCCAGAAGGCGGUGGAUAAGGGCGUGGAGGUCCUGACCUCCAUCAGUCAGCCUGUGGAGCUGAGUGACAGGGAGUCCCUGCUGAACAGCGCCACCACCUCCCUCUGCUCUAAGGUGGUGUCUCAGUACUCCGGCCUGCUGGCACCCAUGAGCGUGGACGCGGUCAUGAGGGUCAUCGACCCCGCCACGGCCACCAGCGUCGACCUCAACGACGUCCGCAUCGUCAAGAAGCUAGGUGGGACCAUUGAUGACUGUGAACUGGUGGAUGGUCUGGUUUUGACCCAGAGGGUGGCUAACACAGGGGUGACCCGCGUAGAGAAGGCCAAGAUCGGACUCAUCCAGUUCUGUCUGUCCGCUCCAAAGACUGACAUGGACAACCAGAUUGUGGUGUCAGACUACGCUCAGAUGGACCGCGUCUUGCGUGAGGAAAGGGCUUACAUUCUCAACCUGGUCAAACAGAUUAAGAAAGCCGGUUGUAACGUCCUGCUCAUCCAGAAAUCCAUCCUCAGAGAUGCCCUGAGUGACCUUGCUCUUCACUUCCUAAACAAGAUGAAGAUCAUGGUCGUCAAGGAUAUCGAGAGGGAAGACAUCGAGUUCAUCUGCAAGACCAUUGGCACCAAACCCAUCGCCCACAUAGACCAGUUCACCCCUGAGAUGCUUGGCACGGCGGAGCUGGCAGAGGAGGUGAACCUGGACGGCUCGGGCAAGCUGGUGAAGAUCACUGGCGCGGCCAACCCAGGGAAGACAGUCAGCAUCGUGGUUCGCGGGUCCAACAAACUGGUGAUUGAGGAAGCAGAGCGCUCCAUCCACGAUGCGCUGUGUGUCAUCCGCUGUCUGGUCAAGAAGAGAGCCCUGAUCGCAGGCGGCGGCGCCCCCGAGAUCGAGCUGGCUCUGAGGUUGGCAGAGUAUGCCCGCACGCUGGGUGGCAUGGAGGCUUACUGUGUCCGUGCCUACGCCGAUGCCCUGGAGGUCAUCCCCUCCACGCUAGCCGAGAACGCCGGCCUCAACCCUAUCUCCACGGUAACGGAGCUCCGCAACAGACAUGCUCAGGGGGAGAAGACAGCUGGCAUCAAUGUCCGCAAGGGUGGUAUUUCUAACAUUCUGGAAGAGCUGGUGGUGCAGCCUUUACUAGUGUCCAUCAGUGCCCUAACCCUCGCCACGGAAACGGUCCGCAGCAUCCUGAAGAUCGAUGAUAUCGUGAAUGCAAGAUAAAGUGUGUGAAUUUCUAUGUGUGUCCUGAAAGAAGACCACUGUUAAUACUCCUGUCCUGUGGCGUGUAUCAGGGAUCAGGCAACACUUGCGAAGACCAACUGUUCUGAGGCUGUGUUUAGAUGUUACGUUGCAUAAUUUAAUAAAACAUGUUUUUUUCUGGAAGGCGCCAACUCCCGUCUCUGCAGUGUUUUUUGUUUUCUUCUCAAGUCCUGUGCUCAUGUUUUUGUUGCUGUUGUUGUGAUUGGUCACAUGACUGUUGACUCCCUUCCCUGGUCUUCACUUUAUGGUACAGACUUGGGUUAAUCUUUUAAUCAGGUAGCCAGAAGCAAUGACACCGACUGAAAUGCUUACAUUUACAACAUUUAAAC